AUGCUUGGUGCACGUAUUAUUUGUGUAAAUAUUUUGCAAUUGAUUUAUCUGGGUUAUGCUUUGGUGGAUUCGGAGCGUAUAUUGAGGCUGAAUGAUGGUAACGACAUACCGCUCGUUGCACUCGGCACAAGCCUGGGGCAUCUCGCUGAUGGUACAAGGGUGUUGUCACGUAACCAUUCGUUGGCGAGAGCGGUACAAUGGGCCCUGGAGGCCGGCUACAGACACAUAGACACUGCAUCCCUGUACAAAGUAGAGGACGAAGUGGGCCUAGGUCUCCGAAACUUUGUAAUGGACAAUGUUGCUGAUAGGAAGGACGUGUAUGUUACAACGAAACUUUGGAAUGAUGCCCACGAAAGAGAUGAUGUGAUACCAGCUUUGAGAAAAUCAUUGGAGCAAUUGCAGGUGGAUUAUGUAGACUUGUACUUGAUGCACUAUCCGAUGGCAUACAAGAAAGAUGGGAGCAUUAGUUUAACUGAUUACUUAGAUACAUGGAAAGGUAUUGAAGAUGCUAAAGACAGAAAUCUCACGAGAUCCAUCGGAGUAUCAAAUUUCAACCUUACGCAAAUGCAGAGGAUUUGGCACAAUUCCCGAAUAAAGCCAGCGGUGUUACAAAUCGAGGUGAACCCGUCUAUAACUCAGGAGGAGUUAGUGGAUUGGUGUCGCGAGCAUCGAGUUAUUGUAAUGGGAUACAGUCCGUUCGGUGCUAUACUAGGUCGAAAAAAGGACGCGCCUCCACCGCACAAAGAUGAUCCAGUAUUGUUACGGAUUUCAUCAAAGUACAACAAAACUGUGCCGCAAAUACUGCUCAGAUAUCUUAUAGAUAGACAGAUAGUACCGAUACCCCGGUCUACAAAUAAAGGACGUAUAGAACAAAACAUCGAUCUAUUUGAUUUCAAGCUCACUCCCAAUGAAGUAGCAGAAUUAUCAAGUUUCAAUAGCAAUUAUAGACUUAGAACUCCAGCCAAAUGGUAUCCACAUCCUCAUUUCCCGUUCGAAAAGAAGAACCUUACUGAAACAGAAAUAAAGUAUAUUAUAGAGCACAGCAAAGAAGAUUAA